AUGGAGGACGAAGCGCCUGUUAUUUACGGUCUUGAAUUUCCCGCUCGUGCUCUCACUGCUCAGACUGCCGAGACAGAGAAUAUACGAUUUUUGGUUGGAACUCAGAGUCUUCGAGCUGAAAAUCAAAUUCAUCAUAUAGAUUUUGAUGAUGAGAAUAAUGUGAUCAACAAAAAUGUGUUCCUGCAUCGGGAAGGUGAAAUUUGGUACAUCAGUGCCUCCACCAUGGACAAAGAUGUCCUGGCUACCUGCUAUAAUAAGACAGUAGACAGUCGCACAGAAGUACAGGCUGCCGUAUGGAGGCUACCUUCUGAUUUUGAUAACAGUAUGAAUGAGGAUCAUACAAAUAGUCAUCAGCCUCUGCAGCUGCUGUGUCCUCUUGAUUUUUCUGAUUAUGGAGAAAUUAAAUGUGUGUUAUGGCACCCGACAGGAGAAGCAAGCACAUUACUUGGACUUGCAGAUAACCACAUCUUGCUUUGGGAUUUAAAUGUAGCAUCUGCAUCAGCAAAAAUCUUUAGCUCCACAUCUCUUGAAGUGAAAGGACAGCCAAAAAUGACCUCAGGAAAGUGGAACCCGCAUCAUAAAUGCGCUCAAGUUGCUACAGCCAAUGACACAGCCAUUAGAGGAUGGGACAUCAGGACAAUGCAACAGGUGUAUGUUAUUGAAAAUGCACAUGGUCAGUUGGUUAGAGAUUUGGACUUCAACCCAAAUAAGCAGUACUAUCUUGCAAGUUGUGGUGAUGACUGUAAGGUAAAAUUUUGGGAUGUGAGGAACCCAAGUACACCCACAAAAACCCUCACUGAUCAUUCACAUUGGGUGUGGUCAGUCCGUUAUAACCAUUUUCAUGACCAGUUAGUGCUGAGUUCCAGCAGUGAUAGCCGAGUGAUUCUCAACAAUGUGGUAUCACUCUCUUCUGAGCCUUUUGGACAUUUGGUAGAGAGUGAGGAAAACAGUGACAGCGAGAAUAAUGAAAGAGUUCAUGAGAAACCAACUGACGGUGUUAUUGCUACAUAUGAAGAGCAUGAGGACAGUGUAUAUCAGGUGGACUGGUCAACUGCUGACCCUUGGAUCUUUGCAUCUCUCAGCUACGAUGGACGACUUGUUAUCAACCGGGUGCCCAGAACUGAAAAGUACAAGAUCCUUCUGUGA